AAAAAAAUGCAACAAAACUAGCAGUCUACCAAUAUAAGGCAAAAGUUCGUUCCAAAUUCCAAGGGUUUGCAACAAAGAAAACAAAAUUAUCAUCCAAAAUUGAAAAAGAAACAGUUAACAAUUACGGAGUACUCCGUAGUUGAUAAAAUUUCAUAAACACAAAAUUAGUCUCUAUCAUCUUCUUCCCCAAAACUGUUUACUACCCACUUUCUUCUUACCAGAAAAACCAACUUCAAAUUUCAUCAUCUUUUUAAAGAAAAAUGCAACUCUCCGAUAGAUUUCGUAUUAUACUUUACGCGUUGAUGACUAUGGCUGGCCCUGUACUAGUCUACAACUGCAUCUUCCUUCCUUUGGUUACCUUCAAACACACCUCUCCACCUUCGCCGUCACCGUCGCCGUCGCCUGGGGUUCCAUUUCGUAGAGCUGUUCUCGAGUCUACUUUUUCGAGGAAUACCGACUUCAUCAACGACAACUCGUUGUCUACGUCGUCAAUGAAGUCGCCUGCUAUUUUUGUCAUCGGAGAUUCUACUGUUGAUUGUGGGGAGAAUGCUCUGUUUUACCAUCUUCUUCGCGGUAAAAAGUCGUUGGUUACUUGCUCAAAGGCUUCUAAAUCCACCCUCAUCCCUCACUUUCUCGCGAAGAAGAUGGGUUUGCCAGAUACACCAACAUUUUAUGAGAAGAAUGAUACAAUUCAAGGCCUGCUUAGCGGGAUCAACUAUGGGUCAGCUCAAGCCACGAUCCUUCCCAUAGCGAAUACCCUAACUUUCCAGUCCCUGAACCAGCAGCUACGGCAAGUAUUUGAGACAAUCCAACUUGUGCAGUUACAGCUAGGUGAACAGGAAGCACAAGAAUUCAUCGGGUCCUCAGUGUUCUACCUUUCCUUGGGCAAAGAUGAUUACACCAACUUCUACUUUGGAAACUCUUCAUAUUCCCCGGGUUACAAUGGUGGUGACAAACAGCUGUUUCCUAAGCUGCUGGUUGAUGAGAUGACGAAUGCCUUGCGAAAUCUGUACAAUGCAGGGGUGAGGAAAGUUGUUUCCAUGGGGAUUUACCCUCUUGGAUGUGCUCCUAGGACGGUGGUUGACUGGUACUUUCAUACCGGGAGAAAUAUUAAAAGUACAAGGGGUUGUGUGAAUGAGAUCAAUCAGCUUAUUUCGCAACAUAAUCAGCUAUUGUUGGAUCACAUAACUGACCUCACUUUGGAGCUCUCUGAUGCCCAGUUUGUGUUCUGUGAUGUUUACCAAGGCUUCAUGCGUAUCUUGUCCAACCCACAACACUAUGGCUUCGAGGAAACGAGAGGAGCAUGUUGUGGAACAGGGUGGCAUGGAGCAGCAUCUGGGUGCGACACCAUGGAAAUGGCUUGUGACCAAAGUUCAGGUCAUGUAUGGUGGGACUUGUACAAUCCUUCUGAGGCUGUCAAUUCUCUGCUGGCCGACUCUGUCUGGUCUGGUCAUCCGUUGGGCGAUAUCUGUCAUCCCUUGAGCAUCCGAGCACUGGUGAACAUAGCUUCAUGAAUCACAGCACCUACAAACAGAAUUACAUGUUUGAUUUUGGUAUAGCAUUCUAGUUUCUGCUGUGAAAAGGUUCCGAACUUUCUCUCUAUGCAGUAUUUUUUUGGGUAAUUCUUAGCUAUCAGAUGCAUUACAGUCACCAGAACACAUCAGUACAUAAAUGUUCUCUGCUUAUAUAGAAUGUGAACCAAGGAAUUGUUAUGGCCCCACAUUUUCAGGUACUUGAAAUAUUAAUGCAUAUGAAUCAUUUGAUUAGUAUUAAAUUUGAUAGCUUUUUAUAAUGAAGAA